GAGGCGGAGGGGAAAGUUUGUUUAUUUUGUUUUUAGUUUCUGGGGUCCCCGUGCUUCAGGAAGGUGAAGCGGGAGAGAGCGACCCCCCCGCGCCCCUCAGUCCCUCAGCGACGUCGCCUCCAUAGCCGGCGGAGAAGCGAGAGCCGCGGUCAUCGCCCGGCCCCACAGCGGACCGCCGCGCUCUGGAAGCCGGCGCGGCUCGGCGGGUUUUGGUUUUUUGCACUGAAUGUAACUUAGACUCAUCGUCUCUGGCUGGUGUUGCCCCUGGAUACUGUCAAAGGCAGUAUUUUGCAUUUCUGCAAAGUUUUGCACAGUGUCUGUUCCCAUGCAAACCAAUGAAGGAGAAGUGUCGGAAGAAAGCAGUUCCAAGGUGGAACAGGAGGAUUUUGUAAUGGAAGGGCAUGGCAAGACUCCACCUCCUGGUGAAGAAAGCAAACAAGAGAAGGAGCAAGAAAGGGAAGAACAGUUAAUGGAAGACAAGAAAAGGAAGAAAGAGGAUAAGAAGAAAAAGGAAGCCACUCAGAAGGUCACGGAACAAAAAACCAAAGUGCCCGAAGUGACGAAACCAAGUUUAAGCCAACCAACGGCCGCCAGCCCAAUUGGCAGCUCUCCAUCGCCACCAGUCAAUGGUGGCAACAAUGCCAAAAGGGUGGCCGUGCCGAACGGACAGCCGCCAAGCGCCGCCCGCUACAUGCCUCGGGAGGUGCCGCCGCGAUUCCGUUGCCAGCAGGACCACAAAGUGUUACUAAAACGUGGGCAGCCCCCUCCACCGUCCUGCAUGCUCCUCGGGGGCGGGGCGGGGCCUCCUCCCUGCACAGCACCUGGAGCAAACCCAAACAACGCACAAGUGACAGGAACGCUGCUGCAGAGCGAGAGUGGGACUGCGCCAGAGUCAACCCUUGGAGGUGCUGCUGCUUCAAAUUAUGCAAAUUCCACUUGGGGCCCGGGAGCCUCCUCCAACAACGGCACCUCCCCCAACCCAAUUCACACCUGGGACAAGGUGAUUGUAGACGGGUCUGACAUGGAAGAGUGGCCUUGUAUUGCCAGCAAAGACACUGAAUCUUCUUCCGAAAACACCACCGAUAACAACAGUGCCUCAAACCCUGGCUCUGAGAAGAGCACUCUGCCAGGAAGCACCACUAGUAACAAAGGCAAAGGGAGCCAGUGCCAGUCUGCAAGUUCUGGGAACGAAUGUAAUCUUGGGGUUUGGAAAUCUGACCCUAAGGCUAAAUCUGUUCAAUCUUCCAACUCUACUCCAGAGAGCAACAAUGGACUAGGAAAUUGGAGGAAUGUGAGUGGUCAGGAUCGAAUUGGACCUGGCUCUGGCUUCAGCAACUUUAACCCAAAUAGCAACCCAUCUGCCUGGCCAGCACUGGUCCAAGAAGGAACUUCUAGGAAAGGGGCAUUGGAAACAGAUACCAGUAAUUCCGGUGCACAGGUUAGCACAGUAGGUCAGGCAUCCAGGGAACAGCAGUCAAAGAUGGAAAAUGCGGGUGUUAAUUUUGUUGUCUCUGGCAGAGAACAGGCUCAAAUUCAUAACACUGAUGGACCAAAAAGUGGAAACACUAACUCCUUGAACUUAAGUUCACCAAACCCCAUGGAGAAUAAGGGAAUGCCCUUCGGAAUGGGCUUGGGGAACACCUCCAGGAGCACUGAUGCCCCUUCACAAAGCACUGGAGAUCGAAAGACUGGGAGUGUUGGAUCUUGGGGUGCAGCUAGGGGUCCUUCUGGAACUGACACAGUCUCUGGACAAAGUAAUUCUGGAAACAAUGGGAACAAUGGAAAAGAGAGAGAGGACUCCUGGAAAGGAGCUUCUGUUCAGAAAUCAAGUGGGUCAAAAAAUGACUCUUGGGACAAUAAUAACAGGUCUACGGGUGGGUCCUGGAACUUUGGCCCUCAGGACUCUAAUGACAACAAAUGGGGUGAAGGGAACAAAAUGACAUCUGGGGUCUCUCAGGGAGAAUGGAAACAGCCGACUGGGUCUGAUGAGUUGAAAAUUGGAGAAUGGAGUGGUCCAAACCAACCAAAUUCUAGCACUGGAGCAUGGGACAAUCAAAAGGGCCACCCCCUCCCUGAAAACCAAGGCAAUGCCCAGGCUCCCUGUUGGGGAAGAUCUUCCAGCUCCACAGGAAGUGAAGUUGGAGGACAAAGCACUGGAAGCAACCACAAAGCAGGAAGUAGCGACAGUCAUAAUUCUGGCCGUCGGUCGUACAGGCCUACACAUCCUGAUUGCCAGGCUGUCUUGCAGACUCUUUUGAGCCGAACUGAUUUGGACCCCAGGGUGCUCUCAAACACUGGCUGGGGCCAAACUCAAAUUAAGCAGGACACAGUGUGGGAUAUUGAAGAGGUGCCAAGGCUUGAGGGGAAAUCGGACAAAGGAACUGAGGGGUGGGAGAGCGCUGCCACACAGACCAAGAACUCAGGGGGCUGGGGAGAUGCACCCAGCCAAAGCAAUCAAAUGAAGUCUGGAUGGGGGGAGCUCUCAGCCUCUACAGAAUGGAAAGACCCCAAGAACACAGGAGGCUGGAAUGACUAUAAGAACAACAACUCUUCUAACUGGGGAGGAGGAAGACCAGAUGACAAGACUCCUUCCUCUUGGAAUGAGAAUUCCAGCAAGGAUCAGGGGUGGGGAGGAAGCCGCCAGCCCAAUCAAGGGUGGACUUCUGGGAAGAAUGGUUGGGGAGAGGAAGUUGAUCAAACGAAAAGCAGCAAUUGGGAAAGUACUGCAAAUAAGCCUGUGUCUGGGUGGGGUGAAGGAGGACAGAAUGAAAUUGGAACUUGGGGUAAUGGGGGGAAUGCAAGCCUAGCUUCGAAAGGUGGGUGGGAAGAUUGCAAAAGAUCCCCCGCAUGGAAUGACACAGGCAGACAGCCCAAUUCCUGGAAUAAACAACACCAACCGCCGCAGCCACCACAGCAGCCACCGCCACCACAACCAGAGGCGUCUGGUUCAUGGGGAGGACCGCCCCCACCACCUCCGGGCAGUGUUCGACCUUCCAAUUCCAACUGGAGCAGUGGGCCUCAGCCCACAGCCCCUAAGGAUGAGGAACCCAGUGGUUGGGAAGAGCCAUCCCCACAGUCAAUUAGUCGAAAGAUGGACAUUGACGAUGGUACCUCAGCAUGGGGAGACCCUAACAGUUACAACUACAAGAAUGUGAACCUGUGGGAUAAGAAUUCCCAAGGUGGCACAGCACCUCGAGAACCAAACCUGCCCACCCCCAUGACCGGAAAAUCACCAUCAGUCUGGAGCAAAAGCACACCACCUGCUCCAGAUAAUGGGACAUCAGCCUGGGGUGAGCCGAAUGAAAGCAGUCCUGGAUGGGGCGAAAUGGAUGAUGCGGGCGCAUCGACCACAGGAUGGGGGAACACACCUGCCAGCGCUCCCAAUGCCAUGAAACCCAAUUCCAAAUCUAUGCAAGAUGGCUGGGGGGAGAGUGAUGGGCCGGUCACAGGAACUCGCCAUCCCAGCUGGGAAGAGGAGGACGAUGGAGGAGUCUGGAACACCACCGGCUCUCAGGGAAGUGCUUCCUCCCACAACUCAGCAAGCUGGGGACAAGGAGGGAAGAAGCAAAUGAAGUGCUCACUCAAAGGAGGAAACAAUGAUUCAUGGAUGAAUCCUCUCGCCAAACAGUUUUCAAAUAUGGGAUUGCUGAGUCAAACUGAAGAUAAUCCAAGCAGCAAAAUGGAUUUGUCUGUAGAUAAAAAAUUUGAUGUGGACAAGCGAGCAAUGAAUCUCGGGGAUUUUAAUGAUAUCAUGAGGAAAGAUCGAUCUGGGUUCCGUCCACCUAAUUCCAAAGACUUGGGAACCACAGACAGUGGGCCUUAUUUUGAGAAGGGCGGCAAUCAUGGUUUAUUUGGAAACAGCACAGCACAAUCGAGGGGCCUGCACACACCAGUGCAGCCGCUGAGUUCUUCUCCUGGUCUCCGGGCGCAAGUGCCUCCCCAGUUUAUCUCCCCCCAGGUUUCUGCCUCAAUGCUCAAGCAGUUUCCCAACAGUGGCCUGAAUCCAGGUCUUUUCAACGUGGGGCCCCAGUUAUCUCCUCAACAAAUUGCCAUGCUGAGCCAGCUUCCACAAAUCCCCCAGUUCCAGUUGGCUUGUCAGCUUCUCCUGCAGCAGCAGCAGCAGCAGCAGUUGCUACAGAACCAGAGAAAGAUUUCUCAAGCAGUGCGCCAGCAGCAAGAGCAGCAGCUGGCUCGAAUGGUGAGCGCACUACAGCAGCAGCAACAGCAGCAACAACGGCCACCGAGCAUGAAGCACUCACCCUCUCAUCCGGUUGGGCCCAAGCCACAUCUGGACAACAUGGUACCCAACGCACUGAAUGUGGGGCUACCAGACCUUCAGACCAAAGGGCCAAUCCCUGGAUAUGGUUCUGGCUUCAGCUCUGGCGGUAUGGACUAUGGCAUGGUUGGUGGGAAGGAGGCUGGGACUGAGUCUCGUUUCAAACAGUGGACCUCCAUGAUGGAAGGACUGCCCUCUGUGGCCACACAGGAAGCCACCAUGCACAAAAACGGCGCUAUAGUGGCCCCUGGUAAAACCCGAGGAGGGUCACCAUACAACCAGUUUGAUAUCAUCCCAGGUGACACGCUGGGUGGCCAUACGGGUCCUGCUGGUGAUAGCUGGUUACCUGCCAAAUCUCCACCAACAAAUAAAAUUGGAAGUAAAUCCAGCAAUGCCAGUUGGCCUCCAGAAUUCCAACCAGGAGUGCCAUGGAAAGGUAUCCAAAAUAUUGACCCUGAAUCUGAUCCCUAUGUCACCCCAGGAAGUGUGCUGGGGGGUACAGCCACAUCUCCCAUUGUAGAUACUGACCACCAACUGCUGCGGGAUAACACCACAGGGUCUAAUUCUUCCCUCAACACCUCGCUGCCUUCACCUGGUGCCUGGCCCUACAGUGCCUCUGACAACUCCUUCACCAACGUUCAUAGCACUUCAGCAAAGUUCCCUGAUUACAAAUCCACGUGGUCCCCAGAUCCCAUAGGACACAACCCCACUCAUCUCUCCAACAAGAUGUGGAAAAACCACAUCUCCUCCAGGAACACUACACCGCUGCCCCGCCCACCUCCCGGCUUGACCAACCCCAAACCGGCAUCUCCCUGGAGCAGCACAGCACCCCGAUCCGUCAGGGGGUGGGGGACCCAGGACUCUCGGCUUGCCUCAGCCUCUACCUGGAGUGAUGGUGGCUCAGUUCGUCCUAGUUACUGGCUCGUUCUUCACAAUCUCACUCCACAGAUUGAUGGGUCAACCUUGAGAACGAUCUGCAUGCAGCAUGGUCCACUGCUGACAUUCCAUCUGAAUCUAACCCAGGGCACUGCCCUGAUCCGAUACAGCACCAAACAGGAGGCGGCCAAGGCCCAAACUGCACUGCACAUGUGUGUGUUGGGAAACACUACCAUCCUGGCUGAGUUUGCCACCGAUGAUGAAGUUAGCCGCUUUUUGGCACAAGCUCAGCCCCCUACACCUGCAGCAACCCCCAGCGCACCAACCGCAGGGUGGCAGUCCCUGGAAACCGGCCAGAACCAGUCAGACCCUGUUGGACCUGCGCUGAACCUUUUCGGUGGGUCUACUGGGCUCGGGCAGUGGAGCAGCAGUGCUGGCGGCAGCAGUGGGGCCGAUCUUGCUGGCGCUUCGUUGUGGGGGCCCCCAAACUAUUCUUCUAGCUUAUGGGGAGUCCCAACGGUAGAAGAUCCCCAUAGGAUGGGCAGCCCGGCUCCUUUACUACCUGGUGACCUUCUGGGAGGAGGGUCGGAUUCAAUCUGAACUUAGAACUUUCAACUCUGACCUCGUGACCUUUUUUGGAACAGCAGCAGCACUAACUUGACCUUUUCGUUUUUUUUUUCAACUUGCAAUAAAUACAUUUUUAAAAGGAAAAAAGAAAACGGAGAGAGGAAAAAAAAAAAAAAGGUGGGUCAUUGACAGACUGUCUGAGCACAUAGUUGCCUCCCUUAUAACUUCAGUUUUUCGUUUGGAAUCUGAAUCCAAAAAGAGAACAUAUCACUCUUGAAAUACUUGAAUCAUGAACGCCAACCUAGAAAGACAAUGUGAAGCAAGUACACAUACCAUUUAAAUUUAAACACAAAAAAUUAAAAAAAUUAGUUUCUAGUUUUUCACUUUUUUCAUGUUAUAUGGAAGUUGUUGCUAAGAAACAUAUAUACUGAAAAAAAUAGCUUUUUAACUUUGUUUGCACUGGGUGUGUUUCCGUCCUUAGGUCUACCAUGUUUGGGUGGGAGGGAAAUUCAAAAGAAUUGUUGGGGGAGGGGGGAGGGAAGACUUGACGGAGCCUCACUUUAAAAACAAAAACACAAAAAACCUAAAAAAAGAAAAAAAAGAAAAAAGAAAAAAUUUGUGAUUGGCUGGUUGAUAAAUACCAGUGUGUUCUGGCACAUGUAACUGCCCAGGCAUGCUCGUUCUGGUAUGUGUGUGCACGUGUGUCCAUGUGCAUUCGCGUGCAUCUGCCUCUCUGUCUCUGUGUGUGCCUGUGUCCUGCCCUCCUCCUGCCCUACCCUGAUUUCUCAGAAAGCUGCAUUGCUGACAGUCCGCAGGCUGGCUGGCCGGCCGGCCAUCUGCAUUGGCUUUUUAUUUUCUUAGUUUUUUAAACUAUGAGAACACACGCGCACGGGGAAGCCGCUGCAACUCAAGCCAUUUGGUCAAGGCUGCAUUAAGAGAAGCGUGCUUUUCCAUCGUCUGAGCAGGGAGCUCCUUGCCAUUUGCGCAUUCGCCUGAGUGUGAGGUUCUCUAGCUUUUCUCUCAACCUAGCAGCAGAGCAGAGCACUGCCAAGUCCAACAGUUGGAGAGCAGGACGUGUCCUUUGGGGUAGCUGUGUGUUUAUUUCUGUUUUUUAAAGUGAGUGGCUGCUAGGCGCAUUGAGGUCUUUGUGCAGUUUCAUGCAGGCCUUUUUGUUAGUUUGGGAACAAAAGAUAGUUUUUCAGUUAUGUGAUGUCACAGAAGCAGAGAUGCUGUGUUCCUGCGUCCCUGUGUGAUCAGGUGUGAGAGAUUUGUCAAAAGUCUGGUGAUGUGAUUGAAUCUUCUAUUGGUUCUCAUUGUCAUCUGAUGAAAACCAACAGCAGUAAGUUGUGAGCAGCCUCCUGGAAGCAUCGCAGCUCCUCCUCCUCUGCUCCUCCCUCUCUGCUCCUCCUCCUACUCCUCUUGCGCUGAGCGCUACCUGUGCCAGGCCGGGGCGUGUUACAACACCAGGCCAUCACUGACAGAAACGUUUACUUAACGAAUGUUCUUAAACCAGUGUGUACUUCAAGCGUUUCCCUUUGUUUCUCCGUGUUGUGUAUUUCCUGUGUAUGUGGUUUUGCUUAGGCAGGAAUAACUUAGCAAAGACUUUUUUAAGUAUUGCACCUUUUUGGUUUUGACCUCUUUUUUUUUUCCUUGUAAUGUUGCUUUUUUUCCUUUUUUUGUAUUUAAAUUGAGGGGUUUUUUUGUUUUUCUUUUUAAGCAUCAAUGUAGUAGUUCUCUGGGCCGAACAGGAGGCAACAUUUAAUCCACAGUUAUCACCAACUUGUAUGUACUUUGUUGGAAUCAAAAUAUAUCAAAUUGCUUAUUGUGAAGAAUGACAGCAGACCUUACAGAAACCCCUUUGCACCAAGCAGCUGGGGGGUGGGGAGAAGAAGGGUGUGCAGGUAGCGUGCUAGCACUUGUGUGAUUGUCCCAGUCUGCAUCACACUGUUCAACAUGAAGUGCCGACAUUCUGUACCAGCAAAUACCUGCCCAUUCCAGCCCCUAGCGGGAGCAGACUUCUGUCAUCUGUAACUCGCUGCUGUUGAGGACAAGGGAGUUUUUCUUUUCUUUAGCAUCUUCAGUGAAGGACACAAUAAUGCCUAAUGUAUUUGACUUUCAGCUUGUGUCUUUGUGUAGGUGGGUGGAGGGGUAUGUUAAAAGGAAAAGGAAAAAAAAAAAGAUCAACCUAAUUAUUUACAUGAGAGUGGUUUUGUGAGACAAUGAAUGGGAAAUUCUGUAGUUCUGUUGGCUUGCUCUGUUGAUUAUAAACCUAGCCUUGAAAGAGAUUGACAGGCAUAAUUCAAGUUGAGCAGUCCUGCGUGCGGGGUUGUGGGAGCCCCCCACGGGUGGGUAGGCAAACUUGAGUGUGCAGUGCUGGUUUGUUCCCACGGAUGCCUUGUUCAAACUGACUGUGCCCUCCUCCUGCUCUUCAGUUUUAUCACCAUGCCCCUCCCACCUUUGCUCUCCUACAAAAUGUCUCCUAGCCCCCGUUGACUGACCUCUGCACUGAGCAGAACCCUGUCAUCUGUGACAGGUAACCUCCAGGUGAGGCGCAGCUUGUGUUCAGACAUCUACAGACAGAAGGCUAAAUCUUAAGUGUCCCCAGGCUAGGAGCUCAUCUCAAGUCCUCCUGUGAGCCACUGGGGACUGUCCACUGCCGCUCUUGGUUCACGGCCAUGUCCUGCCCUGCCCUCUUCCUCCUGCCUGUUGGGUCCUUGCCUGCACUAUGGCUUAGUUGAGUUCCUUACGAUACUACGGUGAAAGCCGGGUGCUAGAGCCCCUCUUGUUUACAAGACAUAAAUGAGGGAUUUGAAAUAUGUAAAAAUAAACAUGAGAAGCUAAAAUGUUCUUCCAUCAUAAGCUUAAAGGGAAAAAAACUAAAAACUUUUAAAAAAAGACCAAAAAGUGCAUGUGUGUAUAUAUAUUUAUAUAUAUACAUAUACAAAUACAUAUAUAUGCAUACAUACACAUAUAUAUUUUAGAUGAAGACUAACUCUGGGAGCAUUUAACAGUGUUUUUGUUUUGUUUUUGUUUUUAACAUUUAUUUUCCUGCUUUAAAAUUUGCAAGCAUUCUCAGGAAUUCUAGGGUAGGAAGCCAGUUUUUGAAGAUGGUUUAUUUAACCGUAUCUUAUCCUAGAUAGGCGGCUGUUUCUUUCCUGCUAAUAAACUUCUACAAGUUCCUGAAACUUCAGAAAGUUUAAAACAAUUUUUACUUAGAAAAAACAUGUAAAAAGAAAAGUCUUCAAAUGUUAUUGUCAUACUGGGGAAGUCAUACAUUUUAAAAACACAUAGAGAUAUUUUUAAAAAAUGAUCAGUUUAGCAGCAAAAGGUAAAUUUGUUCACUUGGAAGCUGUGGGAGAAGGAUUCAAGCUUCAGAGAGUCAUCAGGGGCCUGUUUGAGGUCAGGAUGUGACUGCAUGGGGAGUGUUUGGUGCACAGAGGAAACAGUUGCAUGCCGCCUUUUCUUCCAUAAAAGGUUAAACAGAAAUCUCCCCAGUCAUUUUUUUUAAUGGAGCCCUUCUCUCUACCCCUGUAACCCCAGCAACAACAACAAAAGGAAUAAAGACAACAGCUUAAAAAGAAGGAAGAAAAAAAAGUAACCCUAAUCUGUAAAAUAGUGCAGAUGGAUUGCUGAGAAUAUAUGUGAAGAGUUAGGAACUAUAAGUUAAUAAAGUUUGGAACAACUUUUAAAUGUAGGCAUUUCUAAAGGAAAAUUAUGGACUGUUCUCUUAAUGAAGAAUGUCUUGUCUCACCUCCAUUUGUAAUGGGAGGAGGAGAAAACAGAAGAAUCUAAUAAGGAACAAGUGAUUUUACUUUUUUUUUUUUUUAAAGCUCCCAGCUACUGUUGUGCUUGUUUUAAUAACUGUUUUGAAAUCUGCUGCUUAAUUAUGCCCAUCCCUGGAUGGCAGAGAUGUGGAGUGUUUCAGUUUUGGUGAUGUUGAAUUCUCUUUUUGUAUUCCCUCCUGGGGCUGGGGGUCAGAAUUCCCACACGUAACCACAGCUUCUUUCAAACAUUAAGCUCCCUGGUGGGAAAGAAACUCCAACUCCACAGGUGAAGGGAGUGGGUGGGAUUGCUGCCUGAUUUCUCUAAAACCGCUUGAGUGCCUUCAUUCAUAUACCUAGACAUCCUUCGUGGCUGCCCAUAAAACUGGAGUCCUCCUGGAUGGGCUCCAAAGGCAGUAGGCUAGAUGAAAAUAAGUAGAUAAAAGUCAAGGCAGGUAAAUAGGCUUUUAUGUCUUGAUAAUGUGGAAUGCCAAGUUCCUUCCUGUGUUGCCAGUCCCUGCUUGGGUGUGAUGACUUCUUGUCCCAGCUAUAGUGCCUGGGAAAAGUCUCUUUGUGGUGGGCCAGUGGAAGGGUUCCUAUUUUUCUGCUCCUGUUCUCCUUUGUCCACCCCCUACCCUGUCCCAUCAUCUUGCUAGAAGCUUUGCAUUUUUGGUUGGUAAUGACCUUAAGAGCAGGAUUGACUGCCAGGUGUCCUAGAAGAGGAAAGCUCUUUUCUUUCCUUGGUAUUCGUUGGCAAAAGCCAGGUCUACCAAGAAGCUAAGGGACUUAGUUACACUUAGAAAAUUCAGUAGGAGCAUCCUUUCUCCUAGCACAUUCUGGCAUGUGGACAGAGGCUUGCUGGGCCACCCUCAUUACAUAGAUUUAUUUAAUAUUCAUUUUCAACAUGGAUGUGUGAGCUUUCCAUUGUGUACUAGCUUCUUCUAUUUAGAAAACAACAACACUUGAUUACUAGUGGCUGGGCGUUUCUUAUUCACAUCACAGACUUGGGUUCUCACCAGUUCUUGAGUAGCCAAAAGAAAAGAGGCACAAGUAAGGCAGGGAAUGCCUUCCAUCAGGCAGGACCACCUCUGCUGCCAAUGAGACUGUGCUAUGAUCUCAUUUCCACGUGACAGAAGACUGCUGUAAAGAAACAGAUGCUCCCCUAACAUCUCCAAAUACUCAGUCCCUUACCCUUGAAAUUUUCCACUUUGGUCGGGUUACCAAUCAGCAGUGCUGGUUCAAUCCCUGUACCACAAAAUAGAAGAUUUCAAGCCACUCUGAUCAGUGCCCCUUCCCUCCAUUUAUUGCCAGUUAGUUUUAUGUAUAGCAGCUAGAUUUUUGUAUUUCUGUGGCUUCUGUUCUAAUAAUUGUUCUCUUCUGACAUGAAUGUAGCAUAUAUCAGCAAUUGGUUCUGCCAAGCCCCUGUGGCUUGAAGGUCUGCUGUAAGACACUCAGCGGGAAAAAAUUUUUGCCUAAGAAUUUGGAAACUCCCUUUUUAGUGUGUCUGUCAGAAACUAAAAGUUCAUGGGCUAUUAACUUGCUGCAAAUAUUCACUCUUUGGGGUUUGGAGAUCAACCCAUGCUAGGAAGCACUCUACCACCAAGAACCCCAGCUCUUCACUCCUGCUUUCAUUCUUUGGUGGGGGGUGAGAGGGUGCAGGGAGAGCAGGCUUUGUGAAGUUAAUAGCCAGAUUCCAUUUGACCUCAGAAGAUGUAUACUUUUUCAUUUUACUUUCUGUAUUCUGUGUUCUGGCUCUUCUCUUAGUAUCUGUUCUGAACAAACAGAAUGUCAGUCAAUCCUGUUUUUCUCCCCAGCAUAAGCAGGCUGUUGUCAGCAUUGUUGGUUUCUAAUAUUAGGGCCUGAGUCUUCAUACAGAAAAGGUCCCAUUCUUCCCCACCCUCAAAGUGAAAAUUCAGCAUAUAAAGCUUUCUUGUUUAUUGCUUUGCCUUUUUUUUAAGUAUCCAUAAGGUCUUCAGUAGGAGUACAGGUACAUUUUUAGCUGGUUAAAAGAGAAAAAAAGUCACUUUCCAUUUUUUGCCAAGCUUUGUCACAUUUCAUUGUGCAUUUACUAACACUUCUUAGUGUCAUUGCAAAAAAAAAAAUCUCAUUCUGUGAUGGUGGAUUUCCUCCUAGCUACACUCGAUGGUACAGCUGAGAAUCUUCUAGCCUGUGGUAUAUACAGUGAAUUUCCCUCUGUAGACUUGAGUAGCCAUUCAGAAUCCACUAGAGCCUUGACCCAUACCAUACCAUACCCUCUUGGUUCCUUGUCUACAAAGACAGGGGUGUCAUAUAUUCUAGAAAUACACAACUCUCCAGAAUGCUGACAAGGACAUCAUC